AUGUGCGCCUAUUUCCCGCGCUUUUUGCGUGAAGUAAUCUCGAUCCAUGUCGGACAAGCAGGAGUUCAAAUUGGAAACGCCUGUUGGGAGCUGUAUUGUCUGGAACAUGGAAUACAGCCUGAUGGCCGUAUGCCUUCUGACAAGCAAACACAGGACGAUACCUCGUUUUCCACGUUCUUUUCCGAGACUGGUGCUGGUCGUCAUGUACCAAGAGCCGUUAUGGUUGACCUUGAGCCUACUGUUAUUGAUGAAAUCCGUACUGGAACAUAUAAGCAGCUUUUUCAUCCUGAGCAGUUGAUAACAGGAAAAGAAGAUGCAGCAAAUAAUUACGCUAGAGGCCACUACACAAUCGGCAAAGAAAUCAUUGACUUGGUUCUGGAUAGAGUUCGUCGCUUGGCAGACAACUGUUCAGGCUUGCAGGGAUUUCUGAUUUUUCACUCUUUUGGUGGAGGAACUGGAUCCGGUUUCACUUCUCUACUUAUGGAGCGUCUUUCUGUUGAUUAUGGGAAAAAGAGUAAACUAGAAUUUUCUAUCUAUCCAGCCCCUCAGGUGUCAACUGCCGUAGUAGAACCUUAUAACUCGAUCCUGACCACACACACAACAUUGGAGCACUCUGAUUGCGCUUUCAUGGUUGACAAUGAGGCCAUUUAUGAUAUCUGCCGUCGUAACUUAGAUGUGGAACGGCCAAGCUACACUAACCUCAAUCGCCUUAUCUCGCAGGUGGUCUCCUCCAUCACGGCGUCAUUGAGGUUCGAUGGGGCCUUAAAUGUGGAUCUUACGGAGUUUCAGACUAAUCUCGUUCCAUAUCCUCGAAUUCACUUUCCAUUAGCGACUUACUCACCAGUUAUAUCUGCUGAAAAGGCAUACCAUGAAGCCCUCUCGGUUAGUGAUAUCACAAACAUGUGUUUUGAACCUGCCAAUCAAAUGGUUAAGUGCGAUCCUCGGCAUGGAAAAUACAUGGCUGUCUGUUUAUUAUAUAGGGGAGACGUUGUACCCAAGGAUGUGAACGCUUCAAUUGCUGCUAUUAAAACUAAGCGGUCAAUCCAAUUCGUCGAUUGGUGUCCAACUGGAUUUAAGGUGGGAAUCAACUACCAACCACCAACUGUUGUACCUGGUGGAGACCUGGCUAAGGUACCACGUGCAGUUUGCAUGCUUUCCAACACCACAGCAAUAGCUGAGGCUUGGGCACGCCUAGACCGGAAAUUCGAUCUAAUGUAUGCUAAGCGAGCUUUCGUUCACUGGUAUGUCGGAGAAGGCAUGGAGGAAGGUGAAUUCAGCGAAGCUCGAGAAGACCUAGCUGCUCUUGAGAAGGAUUACGAAGAAGUUGGCAUCGAUUCCGUCGAAGGAGAUGGGGGAGAGGAUGGAGAAGAAUAUUGA